GGUUUAGAUUGAUCAACCAUUACACUGGUUAAGCAUCCUCUUUGUUCACCAACUACAUGUAAAAUUCGUGUCAAUUUAAUCGUCCUUUGUGGAUUAUUUCUAAUAAGAAGCGAAGUCUUUUAAGCAGCCUGUUGUUCUAAUGGAGGAAGUGAAAACUCUAACCACUAAUGGAGGUGAUUUUGUAAAGGUAAGACUACAAAGAUUCAACGUUUUUCGCGUCUACAGCUUCAUUCAUUCAAAGCGAUGGCUCAAUUUAUAGUCUUGAAUCGACUAUCUUUUAGGUAGUCUUUAUGGAUUUACUAUAACAAACGUAUCUUAAACAGAAAGAAACAUCGAGUUUUGAGGCCAUUUUAAGCAUUUCUUACUUGUGAACAAGUUAUUCCUUCGCGUCCGUCCAUUGUAGCUUGUUAUCAUAGUUAUGCUGCAGCUUACUAAAGCUUACAUUGUCUUGCAGCCUCCUAGAAGGAAAGCAGUCACUGAAAACUAGAAAGCUUGUAUGGUUUUCAAUGAUAACUUCCAUAAGUAAAGUGGGUGUUUGUUUGAAAAUAAAACCUACCCACCGUUGCAUAACACAUGUUUGUCUGGAGAUGUAAAACGGCUUCUUUUGGUGCCAUCAUACUUUCUGUAAUGUUUGUUGUUGGAGAUCGCUUAACUUUUUAGGUCUUGGGUAAGAGUACUGUGGAAUCCUGUGUUUCUCCUGUUUUGGAUGUUUGCUGUCACAAGAUUUGCCAACAGCUGAAUUCUCAAAACCUUGGACGGUAGUUUCUUGAAACAUACAAUCACUUACAGUAACUAAACUGACCACUUUUGUCCAGUCAAACACAUGAGUGAAGUGUUGUUAAAUUAGCCUGGAAUCUUUGAACCUCAAAGAUAAUUAAUUUUAUAAUUAGAAUCAAUUUCCUUUUCCUUUGAUUUCUGAAAAUUAGAAUUUUGCUGUAAUUUCAAGAUCAGACCGAAAUAAUGAGAAUAGUGAGACCCUUUGUAGGUUUUCAGCUUUCACAUGGACCAAGUUAGCAAAAAAUCCAUUUUGACGCCAACUGCAAGCAUUAUGUAUUGUAGGUACAUCUGCAGUGCAGGCUAGUCCUUGUCAAAAGUUGGGAAAAAAUGAAAGGUUCCUUUUUCGGUGCUUUUGUUUUCAACAACUUUGCAGCUAUAGUAAGUUAAUAAAAGCCUUUUAGUAUUUACCAAAUUUUGAUUGGCUGCCAUAACUCGGAAGAUCCUUGGCUAAUCACUGUUUUACAACCAGAGCCAAGAUGGUGUCUCAUUUCAAAAAAAUUUUUGAAAGGCAACAUUUGAGCGAUAAAUGAAGAAGUCAUACGGACAAAUACCAAGAAAGUGACUAACUUUGGCUUGUCGGUGUUUACUGGUUGGUAGAAAAUGAUUUUCAUGCUGAAUCUGCAACAAAAUCGUAAAAAAUGCACUUGGCAAUAUCCCUGAAAUGUUUGUAAAUUGUAAACAUAGUUCCUACUAAGGGAUGUUUUUAAGUCACAAAAAGUUAUUUUUUUGUUUUUAUUCAAUUGAUUUGGUAAAUACUAAAACAACUAUCUCCCUCAGGGUCAGUGAACAGUGCUAGAUACGUGUAUACCUCGACGCUUUGCGUCUCGGUAUGCACCUAUUGCAAUGAAGGUUUUACAAACAAAUUAAAGUUGGUAAUGAAAGGUAAUGAACUUGAACUCUGGAUAGCUUCUUUAACAACAUGCAACUUUAUCACAGUACAGAGUAACUGUUGAAUGUUGAUCGUUGACAAACAUUGCGCAUUUUUUACAACCUCUAUCAAGCGGACACCCUUUAUUAAGCUGACACUUGGGAAGGUCCCGAAGGUGUCCGAGGUUUCACUGUAUUAUAAUCCUCAUUAGAUUUUAGCAUGAACUUAGUUGCCCUCCUCUGAAUUGCCUCUAACCUAUUAAUAUUGCGUUGUGUGUGGGGAUUUCAGGUCUCACACGAGUAUUCCAGCAAAGGUCUAACAAGACUGCAGUGGUAGUAAUAUCCUUAAAGUCCUUACACGUUCUUUUCACCAAACCAAGAACCCCAUUAGCCCUAGCAGUUAUAGAGUCUUUUAUUAGAAUUCCAUGAUAAAUUAGAGCUAGUAAGCAAACCUAGGUCCUUAUAUAUAUAUGUAUGCAUCCAGACUUUGACCAUUAAUGUUUUAGUCCCUAACCAGAGGACUCUUUUUUCCAGUAAUUCUCAUAAUUUUACAUUUCUUAACAUUGACCUUCAUUUUACUCUCCUUGCACCAGUCAGAAAUCUUAUCAAGGUCAUCCUGAAGGGAUGCAAUAUCCUCAGGAGAGUUAAUGGCCCUAUAUAAUUUGCUAUCAUCAGCAUAUAAGGCAAUUGAGCUAUCCCCACUGAUAACCCCUGCUAAAUCAUUAAUAUAAAUUAUAAAAAAUAAGGAACCCAACAGGGAGCCCUGCAGCAUGCCAGAAGUAACUGUUAGCCAGUCAGAUACUUCCCCUUUUACAACGACUCUUCGCCGACUGUUAGUAAGAUAGUCUCUACACCAGUCCAAAAGGCUACCACGAAUUCCAUACUUGUAUUACUUAUUCAAGAGUAUGGAGUGACUUAGCAAAAUCGAUGAAUACCACAUCAACCUGACCACCAUUAUUGAGGGCCACAGACCAGUCAUGGUGCACCAAGAGAAGCUGCAUUGUACAGGAUCUUAGGACUCCAUGGUGGGAACUGUGAAUGAACUCGAUAACUUGUCCAAAAAUUGCAUCAUAUACUAAUCUUUCUUGACACUUGCCUGUGAUGGACAGCAGUAAGAUACCUCUGUAAUAUUCAACUGGUUCUCGCUCACCGUCCUUAUGAAUGGGAGUAAUGUGAUCAAUUCUCUAUAUUAUAUGUUACUUAUGAUAAUAUUAAUGUACCAGAAAACUUUUGAGGUUUUUUGCUUUUAUUUUGAAAUGAAUGUGGGUUCCUUGUUGGCUUUUUAAACACAUCCAUGAUACACUAUAGUCUAAAGUCUUAAAAUAUCAAUUGAUUAAAAAAAUGUUUUCUGUUUGUAAAAGAAACCACUAAUUAGUCAUGUGAGGGCCACACAUUCAUGCAUUUAUUAUGCCAUGAGAGCCCCUCUUAAACCUUCCCCACUUUCUACACUCAUCUGUAUACAGGUCAUUAAUUCAACACCUUACAAGUAUUCCAUUAGCUCAAUCUAUAUGUAGCUAUAAUUAUUCUCUUUCUUCCUUGUCCUCCAUGCAGUUGGGCCUAUUUACACGGUGACCUUGUGUUCUGUUGCCUAUAGAGGUUUUAAAAGGUGGCUAGUCAGGUGCACUGUAGGUCUUGGCAUGUGCUUGAUAUCUCUUCUUGUCAUGGGACUAGGUUGCAAUAUCAUGUCCUUUUAAUGACAGUUCUUUUUCUUAAGAUGUAUUAUUUACAUCUGUACAACUUAUUUUUACAAACAUAAAUUAUGUUAAAAAAAUACAUGUAAAUUGAAUAAGAAUAGCUACAUGUACAUAACAUUUAAUUACAGGCUAUGGUGAUGAAAUUAUGCUUUGUUCUGACUAUAUUAUUUUUUAUUAUUGAUUGAAAUUCAGGUUAAAAUAAAUUAUUAUUGUUUCAGCCUUGUUUUUAAAUUCUCAGUUUCCUUUAAUUCGAAGCAAAAACAAAGAACAAAAAUUUUAAGGAAACUGAGAAUCAAACAUAGAUUAAAACCAUUUUAACCUGAUUUUCAUUUUGAGGUACAACUUUUACUUGACCCUUAUUUUUAGAUUUGAAAAUUUAUUUUAUGACAAUAGAUAUAAUGGGAAAGGUUUGAAGCCAGGAGUCAUUCAAGAGCAGGUUGAGUUUGAUCAUCCUGGUGAACAUAGUCCUGAAUAGGACUGUUGUUGUUGACAGUGACCGACGUUACUGAUUACGAGUCUUCAUAGCCAAUAACAACACAGCUUAACUGAAGGAUGACCAAUAACAUUGCGACGUAAUUGACCAAUCAGAUCAAUAACCGGAGUAUAAUACCAUCAACUGACAUGAUACAACCCACUUUGACUCUGAAGAUGACUACUGCACAGGUUGUCAAAACGUCAAUCAUUGUCAACAACGACAGUCCUAUUCAGGACUAUGUUCACCCGGACGAUCAAACUCAACCUACUUUUGAAUAGAUAUAAUGAAAAACCGAUAAAAAUAAUAAUAAUGACUUAACAAUAAUCUUGUUGCAAUGCAGCAUGCUUGAACUGACCUGAUGAUCUCCCAGCUUGCCUCCCCCAUGCAGAUAUAGCCCUAGGCUGCUUCUAAUUGUCAUUCAUGUUUUAUAACAAUAACUACCAACUCGACUUUUUGAGCCAAAAAAAGCAUGAUAGUAUUUUUCUAGAGGACUCAAAGAUUUUCAGAGAUUUCUGACGACAUUCUGAAGAGCUCUAUAGUUCUCAAGAUAAUGAUUAUUAAUUAAAUAAAAAUAAUUCAUUUCUAAAAUGAAAUGGGUCAGGCACGAGGAUUGACAUGGGACUCUUUUCUUGUAUUGGUUCAAGUUUAUUUUACUAAUUUAAAAAAUGCAUCAGUUACAGGAUACACGUGAAGUACAUUUAGCACCUUAAAUUUGUCUGCAAGGGGUUAGCAGGCGUGAGCUGCCAAGAGGUUUAAGUUUUUAUUCGCUGGAGUGAUACUUAAGUGUGAGAGUGAGCAGAAUAUUUAGCAAUUAUUGAAUGUGGCUGAAUAGGAUAUGAAGAAUUCUGCAGAUCGAGGAGGGUGUUAUCCAUCAAGGCCGAAGGCAGAGGUGGAUAACACCCUCGGAGACGUCAUUUUGACAUUUUGACGUUAUCGGUUCAAUAUGACAGUUCAGCCGCUGGUUAUGGUGAAUUAUGUGUGUGGUUUUACCCAAUCAGAAAUGGGGAAAUAUUUUGGAUGAAUAAUAAUAUUUAUUACUGCACAUGUUGGGAUCUUAAUAUUAGGGUAUCUUUUUUGUUUAGAUAUACACAGCUUGCACUUUUUUAGUUGUAACACUGUUUCUAUUAUCAUGAUUAUUUAGGCUACCAAGGAGUCACUAGCCUUAAAAAUGCCAUACUCAACUCACCCAUAUGACUCGACCGCCAGCUAUGGGGAUGCUGCUGAUGGGCCAAAGGCUUUCAAAAGAGACACUGCUAAAAGGUAUAGUAGCUAUGAUGUUAAACUGUUAACUGAGCUAAACUGUUGAAAGUAGCAAUAAGCCCUGACAGUAUACAUGUAGUGUAAUUAUCACAAAGUGGUGGGUGUUUUUUGGCAAAAUGCCAGCGGCUGCUGACUGCUGAAUGACUCGGGUGCCUUAAGUGAUUCUCAUGGGUAGGAAUGAGUGAACAAGUUCCAGUCAGGUUCAUUAUACAGCUGGGCAAACUGAACUGGAACUUGAUUCACUCACUGAGUCAGUUUCCUAGUUAACCUUAAGCACUGAUUUUUAGAUUAAUAGUUACUUGAUACUCUGCAAAAUAUUCCUGACAUAGAAAAAGCACUUUUAUAGAUAAAGUAUAAUUUAUACGGUAAUUCAGGCUUGACCAGGAUUGGAAUCCAGAUUCAAAUCCCAGUCAAGUAAAGAUCCAGAGAUCAAGAAAUGUUCAGGUUCUUUUUCAUAGCAGUCAUCUUUUAUGCUUCCAAUAACAUGUUGUGUUUAUGCGUAUAUUCACACAUGUUUAAAAAUAACAUUAUUAAUGUUCCUCCUGUAUUUUGUUUUAGAGUGUUUGUCAAUAGAAGUCUUAGUCUGGAUAAAAUCAAAUUCUUUGGCUUUGACAUGGACUAUACUUUAGCAGGUACAGUCACCAGGAGAAAACAUUAAUUAUAAUUCUCCCAUUUGAGCCAUGGACUUGGUCUGAUGUUGCUUCUUUUGGAAUUGCUUGUUGCAAAACUCUUAAGGCGUUGUCAACAAUUCUGAACUCCUUUACAUGUACGUGUAUUAAUUAUAAACAAUAACAAAAUAAUGCCAAAGUUGCACUCUAUUAAAAUUCUGAAGCUUUAUUACAUGAUCGUACAUAUAAUGGGCUUACAUGUAGGUCACAGUCGAUCCCCAAGCAUAUGGUUAACCUUUUUUGGGUGUGGUUCUUUUGGUGUCAUGACCUUCUAAGUUAGAUACAAACAUUAUGGCCCAUUCUGCAUUUAAGACAACUGACUGUAAUUUUUGUGUUGCAGUGUAUAAAUCCCCAGUCUAUGAAAAGAAAGCCUUUGAUUUGGUCUGUGAAAGACUAGCUUCAAUUGGCUACCCUCAGGUGAGUUAUAUUUAUUGCUUAAUGUUCACUGUAGAGUACAGUGCUUGUUACAGGAUCACGCAUGUGCAGUGUACAGCCUGCACUAUGAGCAAUUGAGCUGGUUCAUAGCGAAACUCCUGCUCCCAAUGAUUGUAGCCCAACUACUUUUGUAAUUCCCUGCUUUCUAGACUAUGUCAUUUUCAACAUUCUUCCUUUAACACUACCAUGCCUGAAUAUGAGAAGUCAACACCUCACAUACAUAUAUACAUGUAAUACAGCACAAUAAUUAGAGAUACCUGUACUACGCUCUUCUACAGUUGUAAUAUGUUAAACUCAAGUGGUGAGAUUGUGUGACAUCUAUGGUGUACAUGUCUAAGGAUGAUGAUGAUGGUGAUGAUGACAAUGAUGAUGAAUGUAUACAACACUCUCUGUGAACCGAUAUCACUGUAAAUAAGUAUUUUAGAUGACUUAUUGUUGGAAUGCAAAUCCAAAGCUUCAGUCCACAUCUUUUUUGUCACCAGCAGUAAUUGUGCCGCCUAACAGUAAUUUGUGAUUAUUAUUAUUAUUAUCAGUCAUUUAUUGGCCAUAAAAGUGUUAUUUUUUUGUUUCACUUAAUAGGCUAUCCUUAAAUUUGAGUAUGAUGAAACUUUUCCAGUCAGGUAAGGUCAACCAAGCCAGGCAAGUUAUGUGUCAUAAUAAAUUUGCAUCUUGCUAUAGUAGCCAAUUAUACUAUCUCUUUUCUCCAGGGUCUUAAUGCAAAUUGAAUGGAUCAACCAUACAGAGUUACUUACAUUGUACAUCGUACAAGUGCUUAAGACAUUGCAUAGGCAAUAACCUAUUGCUGCUUUCAGAAAGGGUGCUAUGCAGUACAUGUAUUACAGUCAAGUCUCAUUAAAGAUAUUUUAGUGAUUGUUCAUACAAUCUUGAAAAAGGUCUUGAAUUUUUGAACAAAAUUAAUUAUGUGGUCGUCUUGAAAACUCCUUGAAUUCGGUUAAGGUCCUUGAAAAGUACUUGAUUUCUUUAUUAUUUCUUAAGAAGUCCUUGAAAUUCGCUACUUUGUUUACCCCUCAUUUUUUUGUGAGAAUACUGUAAAUCCUUUAAGCUCCCCUCUCAAAUAAGCCCCCUCCGUGUAAUAAGCCCCGUCUCCCUUUUCAGGGGGAAGAAGGUUGAUAAGCCCCCUUCUCUAUUAAGCCCCCCAUCCCCACCUCUAUUAUUAUUCUUCACUAAUGAAUGAUGUAUUAUUUAAUCAAUCUUCACUGUAAACUUAGUGUGGACUAAUCCAGUAUGGUUUAUUUACCAACUGGAAGUUCAGAUUUGAUUCUGAUCCUCGGCUGCAUGACCUAAACCUUCUUCUACUUGAACUUUUCCACUUUGUAUUCUAGUUCUUGAUGGAGAACUGAUACCAUUGUCGUUUCUAAAUGAGAUAAGCCCCCCUCUCAAGUAAGCCCCCCCGUCUCUGUUAAGCCCCCCCUCAAAUGGGCUUAAAAUAAAUAAGCCCCCCGGGGGCUUAAUCGAAGAUUUACCCUAGACUUGUUUGCCCAGGAAAAUUUGGCUUGUAAUUGGUGUAACAACCUGUAAAACCCAUAGGGAAUGUAAAACAACGAGCAUAUGAAAAAAGGAAGGUACAAAACAGAGAAAAAGUUCAACAAACUGUAAUUCUUUAUUUCAAAUUUUAUUUCUGUACCUCACUGACAGAUGCAACUGCAAGUCAUACCCAGCGACUGUUGUCAUUUUGCAAAGUGUUCCCAGGGUGCAAAGAAAGUCAGUUUCACAGCCUGCCAUUCGGGCAAGCUAUAGCUAGCAUGUACUACCCCACAAGUCAUUUCAACCAGCCCCAAAACCCUUUUUGAUUAGCAGAAUUGAUUACAAUCCUUCUGUAAUUUGAAUUUGCCCAAAACACAGUACAAAACAAAAAUCACUAGCCCAGUAGCAAAAUCCACUAGCCCUGGGCUAUCGGACAUGACUUUCUUUGCACGCUGUAUUACAGAAAGUAGUAUAAAAUAAUUUGAACUGAUGAACCAUGGCUAAAGAAGAAAAAAUCAUAUAUGUAAAUGACUCCAUAGAGUUUUUUAACCAGUAAGGUAUUUAAAACGGGUUGAAAGAAAGCAGAAUUAAAUUACUAAAUAAAUCUUAGACCUCGAAAACUGUGAUUUUUCCCUUUGUCUGAAAUUGUAUGAGCUGUGUUAGUCAACUUAAGUCUCUUAUGUGAACAGCUUUAUUAAAUCUGGCCCAGUUCUCUGCAUGGACCCUUCCAGGCCUUAUUAAUUUUGAUGUAGUUUGGUGCACGAUUAAAGAUUAUUUCCCUAAGUAGUCUGACUUAAAAUUCUAAGGCUUGAGAUUACCGCCAGUCAAUGGCCGAAUGUACAUGUACAGUCAGAAGUGGAUCUUAAAUACAGUGUAUCUACCAUUAUUUUGUCAUACAUGUAAGAGUUAUGGCGUACUACAAGGAAGGAUAAAUUAUUAAGACCAUGAUUGUUUUUUUUUCUUUGUAGGGGGCUCUUCUUUGACUGUGAACUUGGAAAUCUGUUGAAGGUACCUGCAGUUUGUGUAACCUUAAUGCUGCCAUUAUGCUGAUUGAUAUUGCUCACUACUCUGUCUUCUCAUUUGCUAAGAGCCAACAGUUAGGAGAGUGUUGUUUAUGUAUUGGCAUGAGGAGUGCCUGUAGGGUGGUACAGGCGAAAAGUACAAAACGUUUUGUAUCUCCGUUGUUAACCAAGCAGAACUUUUAGUGCCUCAAGGUCAAGCCUGUGAAUACAGCUGGCCUCUCCUUGUUCCUUGCCACAAGUGAGUGAAAGAGAUGUCUGCAUUUUGGGCCCAAAAGACACUCACACAUCUUUCCCUAAAAAUGACCACAGUGAGGAGUGAGGAGAGGUGGCUUUACUGCAUUUGGUUGUUUUGAGAAAUAGUCUGUAAAGUUUUCACCCCAAACUUUUUUGGCCCACUCCUCCCAUUCACAUUCACUUCCUGCUUGUAAAUAACGAACACUCCCUAGUUCUGUAGCGCAGUUCGCCCUACACGUUACUUAGCUCCCUGCUCAAUGAACUGAAAAAAUAGUCAUUCUGUACAAGUGUUUUGCAUGGCUCUGCACUUAUUAUCUGAACUAUCGGUACAUAUGUACAGUUGUUUACAGCUACACUGUGUAUGCCAGCAGUACAACAGAUUUUGCAAAAACAAACAAGUGUGUAACAUUUAGCAUCUAAGGGAGCAAAGAGCAAAAUUAAUGCUGUACCAAGAAAUCACCCUCUCUACCCUUAAGACUUGUCAAUAUUCACUCCUUUUCCAAAAGCUCUGCAAUUGUCAUUAUAAUAUUAUUACUGUCUAGAUGGGUAAGGCAAUAGGCAAAAGUUCCUCUCUUUACAUUGCACUUGAACUGGAAAUCAAUAUGUCUUCACCUCCAGCUGUUGGCACAAGGCUGCUUACACCCACCCACCCACUGCAUUUGCCAGUGCCAGACUUCAUGAAAAGUCCCCCCCUCCAUUUUGUGCCUACAUGUACAUGUAGCUCACUUAUGAUAACCUCCCACAAUCAAAGAUGUUCUUAUUGUGCUCCAUUGUGCAUUCCUGUCCUGAACGUUUUUGAGACAGGAACAGGUGACAAAGCCCUAAGAACAUCUGGUUGGGAAACCAACUUAGUCAGGGCUUGUGAUAGUUUGCAGAAAAAAAGUCUAAUUUCAUGGGAUUAUCAAGGAAAGUUCGCAGAAAAAUAGGCCAAUUUCACUGGAUUUUCGCAGGAAUAAUUAUUUAGGGCGAACUUCGCCAAAUUUCACUAAAAAUCAAUUGCUUUUGCAGUGAUCUGACCAUCAUCUUUACUUUUUUUUAACAAAGAUAAUCAUUUGCUCUUUCAACAACAAUACGCUUAAGAAAUGAGCCAAUGGUAAUGCUUUUAACAUGAUAACUACAGCUGUAGUGCCCAGUUUUUUGCAACAUAGGGCACUGAUCUAAAUUCUUGAGAUUUCGGUUAGAGAUCAAAUGGAAAGGACCAUUUCAGUUCAUCGGACUGGAACAUUUGGAACCACCUUACCUUUGACGCCGGUCCACUUUGACUGGUCUGCUCAUUUCAGUCAGUUGGAGCGAAACUUCCCUUUCCAUUCGACAAAAUUGUUGUCUCCAGUACCGCUCUUUUACAUCUUGCUAGUGCUUACAGGAACAAUAACCAAACUCGCAUUUGCUUGGGUCGAGUCUGUGCAACCGGAAUGUUCCAUUGCAUUAGGCACGUGGAAUUUCCGAAAUUUUUGUUUAAUGAAAAAAAAUGUAUUUAAUAAACAAAAUCAUGCACACUGUACUUUAUAGAAAUGUAAUUAGUAGUUAUCUAAUUGUAAUUGUGAUUGUUUUGUAGGUUGAUACUUAUGGCAAUAUUCUUGUUUGUGUACAUGGUUUUGAAUUCUUUAAUGGGUAGGUGAUUAUGUUGAAUGUUAUUUUUAUUAAUGCAACAAUAAUAAAUUAUUGUGACCCUCCAUGUGGCAAAGGUAAUAGCAUGCUUCACAACACACUUCCACUUAAAACAAAAGAAAAUCAGGUAUGGCACACUAGCAAAGCAUGCAAGAGCACACUCAAAUGAAUUUUUUGUUGCUGUGCCUUUUUCUGCAGUUAUCCAUCACAAUUGAUGUCAUUUGUCUUCCAAAUUUGGUCAAUGCUAGCUGGUUACGAUUCACUCACAAAGAGAGAUAAUUUUAUAUCAUUUUUGACUGAAAACACCUGUAUGGUAGUAACAUUAUUAUUGUAAUAAUACCAUUGUCCUGUGACAGUGGUAGUUUAUUACAAUAACAAUUAAUAUUAUUAUAAUUAUUAUUAUUAUUAUUAUUAACAAUUACUGAAUGAAGCUGAGUAUCAUCUGAAGAAUUAUGGAGAUCGAGGAGGGUCAGAAGCAAGCUAAAACAUACUUACCUCCAUCAAUGUUAAGUUCACCUUCAAUAGCGCAUGUUUAUCGGCAACUUUAGGAGAUAAAGUGUUGUUAAAGUGAGCAAAUAUUCUCCAAAUAUCAGAUGUUAACUGCCGAGUUGUCUUCUUCCUGAUCUUGCUAUGUUUUUAACAAAUAGUUUGCCUACUUCUUCCUCCUGAAAUGAGUGAAAUGUUCCGCCAUUUUGUAUUCACUAAUUAAUUAAUUAAUUUCAAAACUUAUAAGGCGCAAAUAUCUAUAUAAAUAUAUUCAAAUGCGCCAUAGGGAAAAAAAAAGCAAAACAAAGCAAAACAAUAAUACUACUAAUAAUAAAAAUUAUGAUAAUAAAAAUGAUAAAAUAAGAUGAUAAUAUAGAUAUAGAAAUAGAAAAACUAAUGGCUAAAAGUUAAAAAGAUAAAAUCUGCUAGCAAAAUCUUAAAAAUCAUAAGCUGAAAAUUAUUUAUGAUCUAGUAAGCUACAAAUACAAUCUUUCAGUGUAAGAGGAACAAAAUGCUUUUUUAAAAAGCUGAGUCUUCAACUUUUUCUUAAAAGUGUCAAUUGAAAUGGAUUCCCUAAUAAAUCUUGGCACAGCAUUCCAUAACUUAGGUGCAGCAAACAGAAAGGCCCGUUCACCCAGAGUUGCCUUGGGCUUAACAUUCAGAGAACUAAGUAGGGUGCUGUCGCUAGAACUUCUUAAAUUAUAUUUAGAUACAGGCUUAGGAGUAAUUAAAAAACUUAAGUACGAAGGUGCUAAGCCCUUAAAAAUCUUAAAAACAAUCAACAGGAUUUUAAAUUCAAUUCUGAACUUUACAGGCAGCCAAUGUAAAUCUACUAAUAAAGGAGUAAUGUGACAAUAUUUACUUUCAUUGCAUAUUAAUCUAGCACACAUGUUCUGCACACGCUGUAGCUUAUCGAGUUGAUACUCCAGCAGGUCAUAUAAAAGACUGUUACAGUAAUCGGCUCUGCUUGAAAUAAAGGCUUGAAUCAGAGUCUUGGUGUUGUCUUUAGAUAGAUAUUUUCUUAUGCGUCUCAGAUUAUACAAAUAAUAGAAGGCAGAGUUACAUGUUUUUGAAAUAUGGAUUGCCAUCGUCAGCUUGGAAUCAAACCACGAGCCCAAGUUCCUUGCAGACGACACAGGAGUGAUAGUUGCAGUCCAAACACGAAGGCUGUUGAUAGCUAGUUGAUAGCUAGUUGCUGCGAUGUGCCAAUGAUCAUGAAUUCAGUUUUAUCAUCGUUCAGUUUCAAUUUGUCGUUCAGCAUCCAGUUAUGAAUGUCUUCAAUACACCUUUCGACCCUAGCCAAGGCGGCCUCUUGAUUAGCAUUAUCAUUACGACAGAAGGAUAAAUAGAGUUGGCUAUCGUCCGCGUAGCAAUGGAUCUCUAAAGUAUGUUUGCCAACAAUUUCAAACAUCUUGCUAGCAUAGACAACAAACAACAAAGGCCCAAGGCACGUACCUUGAGGUACGCCGCAUUCCAGAUCAAACUUCGUUGAGAGUGUGCCAUCGAUUGAAACUUGCUGAGUUCUGCCACUUAAAUAUGAUGCAAACCAGGACAGUGCCGUAUCCCGAACUCCAAAUGCAGACCUAAGCCUCUCAAGUAAGAUAUCGUCAUCAAUGGUAUAAAAAGCCGCGCUCAAAUCCAACAGAACAAGCAAGGUGACUGUUCAUGUUUAGUAAAAUGUCAUUUUUUACUUUCAAGAAAGCGGAUUCCGUGCUGUGAAACUUACGAUAUGAUUAUUGCUGCAAGGGAAAUAAAUUAUUCUUGUUGAUGUGGUGCUGAAGUUGUUUGGUUACCGCACUCUCAGUCAGUUUGUAGAUGACUUGUAAGUUACUGACUGGUCGAUAGUUUUUGAAUAUUGGUUCUAAGCCAUCUUUCUUAAGGACAAACCAGGGCAUUUUUCCACACUGAUGGAAAGACACCAUGCUCGAGAGAGUAGUUGAUGAUCUUGGUAAUUACAGGAAGAAGAAUAUGCAGGCAAUCGAGAACUAAUUUUGUAGGAAUCGGAUCCAAGCAACAGGUCUUCUUAUUGGAUGCACGGAUUAAGUCGUGCACCUCCUCCUGGGAUAACAAAUUAAACUUGGAGAUAGGGAGAUCGAUUUUGCAGUCAUUAUAGUCAUUGGAGCCAACACUGCAGACUUGUGGUGGAUGAUUAUCGAGAUCGGAACGAAUGUUAGCAAUCUUCCUAAUGAAGAAGGCGCCCAUCUCGUUAGCGAGUUGCUGUUUGUCCUCAUGCGGUGGCAAAACGGGAGUACUUGUAAUGUUCAAGAGAUUCUUGCUUACUUUGAAGAGAUGUUUGAGAUCAUUACGAUUAUUGGAAAUGAUAUCACUGUAGUAGUCCUGCCGAGCCUUGUUCAUUAGAAAGGUCACAUAGUUCCUACUUUUCUUGAACAGAAUGAGGUCAGACUGACAUCUCGUAGUUCUCCAUUUUCUCUCUGCUUUCCUACGUUGACGUACAAACCAGUCAACAGGUCUUCUUAGUUAACCGUUCAAUAAUCUGGCAAUUUUGCUGCACGGUUGAUGUCUUCAGUUCACAUUUUUGCAAAAUUCUUUUAAAUUUGGUCAACGUUAGCUUGUUAUGAUGAAUAAAGUGUGGGAUUUUAGCCAAUCAGAAAAGAGAAAUAGUUUGAAAUGAUAAUAAUAAUACUUAUUAUUAGUAGUAGUAAUUGUAGUGGUAGUGGUAGUGGUAUUAGUAGUAUUGUUUGUGCUUACAUUAGCAUGCAAUGUAGCCUGAGUGUAUAACACUUUAACUGUAUUAACUUGUACAUGUACAAUAACGUGAACAUCCAGGAUAAUUUAUUGUCAUGUCUUUUUUUGUGUGUUACAGCCAUGAAGUCAGAAGAUUGUACCCCAACAAGUUUGUGCAGGUAAGUACUUCAGAUGUACUCACCGUUUAAGCAGUAAUUAUGCUGGAACGUACAGCUGUAAGUUGAAGGUCACUUGUGUUUUGAUUCUAGAGAAGGGCGCCUUCCGCCAAGCGCUCUCUACUGGCUAGAAAUUGGUAGCUAGACCAAAUUUUCAUUUGUUUAGAGAAUUCUGUGCUGUAUCAAGACUAUCCGGCCAGAUCCGUCCAUUCCUAAAUAAGACACACAGCAGUUAGAGGGUUAAAAUUCAAAACAUGGUAGUGAUCAAAAUUAAUGUUAAUCAGAAGGUGGUGAUUUCUAUAGUACAAUAUGGCCUGUAAUAAUAAUAAUGAAAGUACCGUAUUUAUUCGAUUAACCGCCCUGGGCGUUUAUUAAAUUUUUGGACCUUGAGAGUGGGCGCUUAUUCGAGGUGGGCGCUUAUUCGAGGCUGGGCGCUUAUUAAAUUUUCACCAUUUUAGCAAGUGAAGUAUGUUUAUUUUGCAACAAAACAAUAAAUGCUAAUAACAAAACGCGAAGAAGUAACAAAGCAAGGUUUCUGUAAAAUACUUUGAAGAAAACUCCUUCCUCGGGGAAGUCUCUCCGUUAGAAUUUAUUCCCUCAAGUGGGUAGGGUGGGGGUGAGCGGUUAUUUGAGUUUGAUAUGAUUGGGAGGAGGAGGGGGUGGGCGCUUAUUCGAGGCUGGGCGCUUAUUAACUUUUUCGGCCUUUAGGACCUUGAGAGUGGGCGCUUAUUCGAGGUGGGCGCUAAUUCGAGGUUGGGCGCUUAUUCGAAUAAAUACGGUAAUAAUAAUGAUAAUAACAACAUUGACUUCAUUGACUUCCACCUGUUCUAUGGUAUAGGGGUGCUCUCGACGUCCCUCUGUUUAUUUUAACAAUAUAUUGUUUAAUAUUGCAUUUUACAGGCAGACUCCUCAAGAUAUUUUAUACUAAACACGCUCUUCAAUUUGCCAGGUAAGUCUUUAGCGAGGUUUGGUGAUUGGAGAUUUUCAUUUUAUCUUGACGAAAAACAAAUGAGAGCAUUUUAUCUAUCAUUGUUUGUAAACUUGUUUGUUCUUUUUUUUUCUGAAUUUACAGAGACAUAUUUACUAGCCUGUCUGGUGGACUACUUUGACAAUAAUCCAGACUUUAAAAGGUCAGUGAUGUUGGACUUAGACAUGCGGGGAACAUAACAUGGCAUUAAAAAAUAGAGCCCCUCUAUGAAUUGUAACACGUAUUCAUUUUUCAUACAUUUUCGUCCUAUAGGACACAGUAGGAAUGUUUUUAUUUUCAGGCAGAGAAUGCAUAAACCUUAUACAGAAAAUAAGUUUACGAAAUGGAAUGUAUUAAAACUCCAUUUUCUUUAACGGGUUUUUCUUCGUGUUAAAAGGUUUCAAUUAAUCAUAAGAGUUGCAAACAAUAACCAAGAAAAGUUUACAGUUUGACGUGUUCUUGCAUAGGAUUUCUGUGUUAUUUAGAGGAUUCGAACCAGGUUUAAUACAAGGAAGGUGGUUGGAAAACUAAGGAUUAGUAUACAUGCUGCUUUGCGAAGUUUUUCGUAAAGUUUGCUCAGAUAAUAGUAAAGUUAGCACCUUUUUGCAUUCCAACAUGUUCCUUGCCGUUGUUACUUUUCUUUUUAGCUGUCAGACCAUUGUUUUAAUCUCUUAACAUUCUUUGACUCAAUUUUGGUCAACAGAACAAGUAAUGGGGUUGUCAGUUCUGAUGAUUUGUUGUUGACCUACAAAAGUAUUCAUCAAGAUGUGAGAGCAGCAGUGGACUGGGUUCAUCUUAAGGUAAGUUUAUGGAUAGUUGCUUAAUCAGUUGGCAGGUUUCAAUCGUUGUUGAACCCUGUUGGUGUAGUCUGCCACAAUUGGAACUUGGUGGUGCUUCCCAAGGCCUGGUGGGAAGGUAGCCUGUUGCAGGUUUUUAGAUAGUGGGUAUGGAUCAAAGAGAUGUGGGCAGGACAAAAAAUUUGCUCCGACAGUUACGCGUUAACACCGUUCGCUACGAGGACAAUAGAAUAGGACUUACGGACAUACUUACACAGACGUUGACAUAAACACAGUGAGGGAGUGGAUGGCAUGCAGUCUGUCAAUAAGUCUUUCAGUCAAUACGCAAAGUGUAAGUCUAUGAGCCCCUUCUCUAAGUGAUAAACAGAAACUGUGAUUUAUAUUUUAGUUAGGGACCGUUCAUUUUUUAUCAGAUAGUGUUGGGGGGGCAUGCCAAAAAAUGGUUUAAAGGGGCGGGGCGGGGGUGCAGGCAAAAGUAUUGGGUGUAAAGGAGGUGGGCUCAUCAAAAGAAUUCUUUCAAUUUUUACAUUGACGGCAUCUGUGAUAGUAGGGAGCUUAAGAACACCAUCGAAAACGUCACCCAAAUAGUGAAUUCGCGCUUCUCAAACGUAUUGCAACUCUUUUAAUUUGUCAAAUGUUGGCGUUGAAUUCUAAAGGACUGUAACUAAGUUCACAAAAAGACAAAGAAAAUGGUUGCCAUGUGUUCCCGUCCUCCAUAAAACGUGAAAUUAGGAAGGUUCACGUCAUCUGGUCAUGCAUUGACGGCAAAGAAAUGUACAAAACAGCAUGAUGUGCGUACAAAGUUGUUGUUUUGCCAAUCUAAACCUAUUGCUUUUUUGCCGUUCUCGUUGCCGUUGCCGUUCUCGUUUAUUCCAAUUCACAGAAAAAGUGAAAUGUAGGCGAAUUUCCCUGGAGUUGAUUUCUUAGGGACCGGACUCAAGUUUAGAAAGAGAAAGAGAAAUUCAUCGUCGCUUGUUGACGUUCUCCGUAAAAAGUGAAAUUAGGCAUUAUCACGUCGUAGUGGUGUAGUGACGGCAAAGUAAUGUACAAACAAGCGUGAUGCACGUGUAGAGUUGUUGUUUUGCUAAUCAAACCUAUUGCUUUUUUGCUGUUCUCGUUACCGUCGCCGUUGCUGUCAUCGUUGCUUUCGCUCCUUAGUGCAAACAACCUGCCAGAUUGUCAAAAACCAGCAUUUCUAAUGUUCGGCCUAAAGUUCAUAUUUUCCUUGGGAAACAUGCCCCGGACCCCAAGCAAUUCUACCCCAACAAAAUGCCAAAAAAAUAAAACAUACAAAUCGAACGUGUCACUGCGAAAAAGUAAUGUCCACUUCCAUAACAAAAAAAUGGAAUGUCUCUUGCCUUUGACUGAACUUAAGCUAUCACCACGUGACUACUAUAGCAGUUUUAAUUUGUUACUUCAGGUAACGUUUGCUUAGUGUUUAUUGUUACCAUAGAUGUUUGAGAAGUGUGGCGGAUGUCGCAGUGUAGGUGUGAGGGAGAAAAACGCGACAAAGCUUCUUUUUGAUUUAUGUUUAGCAGUAAUAAUUUAAUUUUUUCUUCAACCUUUCUUUCUUUUUCGGUUUUUUCGUUUUUUUAGGGGGGGGGUCAUCUCAAUUAUUUUGGGAUACAAUGGGGGCCACCCGAAAAUUUUUUUGAUGAAGAGGGGGGUCGUCAUAUACUACAGGAACUAUCUUUUAAAUCCCACCUGCCUCCCCUCCCCACUCCUCACUACCCUAUUAAAAAAUGAACGGUCCCUAAAUGGGUCAUUCUUUGCUGCCUCUAGUCCUUGGGAUUUCUUUUAGAAUUUGAUUUUUAUGCCCAUCCGAUCGCCUCUGUUCCAUUGAAAACAGGACACUCCCUUUAGUCAUGGGGCCAAACAACAGUCCUAAAAACUGAGGUAAACUUUUCAGCACAUGGAGUGUUCUAUACUUUGAUUGUGAGCGUAAUUUGUCACUCAUGAUGUUAAUAGGUAAUCAAAUGAUGUAUUUGUGAAAUUAUUUUCUAAUUUUUACUUGUCACUAUUUUAUUACUCAUACUAAUCAUAUACAUGGAACAAUUCAUUUGGAAUAGGUUCUGGUAUUGCACUGUAAAUAACCCGUUGAUUUGUUCCAAGUACAAAGUUUGACGUGACCUCUGUUUAUGAUUUCAGGGUACAUUAAAGCAAAUCACUGUUGACAAUCUUGACACAUACGUUAUAAAAGAGGUUUGUGUAACCUUUUAGUAUGUGGAUAAGCCAUUCUCGUUCUGUGAUUGUUCAAUUUUUUUAAAAAAAACAACCCACUGUAUGUAAUGCAAAAUAUCCUUUAUUUCCCUUCAAUUCUGCCGCUUCUAAAAUAAAAGUAAUGCAUCUGUAUCAACAGAAAAGCAAUCUGGGUGGAUUUUGUAACCAAGGUGUUUUCUCUUUCCCUAUUUCUAGCCAAAUCUCGCCAAGCUGUUAAGCAGGUAUGUAACCAAUUUUUUUCACUUUUGUCCUAAAAAGUUUAUUGAAGUCUUUGGAUUGAAUGUUGGAUGUUACAUCUUGCACUUUUGCAAGCCUGUUAAGACUAGCAGUUUAACUUUUGUGAGUAUGCUAACAUCUUACUGGUUUUGUCGCAUGCAUCGGUGAAUCCUGGAUAGUCCCCUUUGUCAUUAUAAUCCAUUUUUCGUCACUUAGGUAUUGUCUAUUAUCGGAGAAUGGUCUUUUUCGUGUGUUUUAAAUUAUUUUUGUCAAUAUUGUAAUUUUUAGAAUGCGGAAAAACGGACGUAAAGUAUUCAUUCUUACUAACAGUGGAUACUCUUACACAGAUGUAAGUACACAUAGAAGUGUUUAAACGGAAAAACAAACUAAGCUUAGCAAGCAGCAUUAAGCAAGACCAUAUUAGAAAAAUUAUGAGGAAGUGUGAAAGAGAAGUCAUUUUAAACACAGCAGCUUACUUUUGGUUGUCCUGUUUAAAAGUUGAUAGGGAUUGGUUUGAAAAAGUGUAGAAAUGUUUUCACAACUGCAAUUGAAAGGAUUUUUUUUCAUCCUGCUUACAAAAUUAUUCUGUCUUUGCCAUUUAUAAAUUAUUGGUAAUGAAUCGGUGUAUAAUUCGAAGAGGGAAGGGAACAAUGUAGAGUCAGCUUAACCCUUUUCUGACAAUUUCCUGAAAUCACGUUUACUUAUUUUUUUCCCCACUUUUUGUUCUUCAGAAAAUCCUGUCCUUCUUGCUAGACGAGAAAGAUGAGGUAUGUGUAGCAACAAUUUUCAGAUGAGCUGAAACAGUCGUUUUUUGGUAUUAAAUAAAACUGCGUGGUAUGACCAGAAAUGCGCGCAAUGGCGAAUCUGCCAAAUUUUCACUACAUUUGCCAUUUUCGCCAUUUUCGUCAAAAUUGCUACUUUUCAAGGGGCCCCUGUAAAAAUCUCAUUGAAUUUUCGCUUAAUCUUUGGCAAAUUUUCGGCACAAUCGCCAUUUUCGCCAAAAUUGCCACUUUUCAAGGCGCCCCUUCGGACGUCUUUGAAUUUCUUAAAAACCUUUGGCGCAUUUUCGCCAAAGUUUCCAUUUUCAUUGUUGCGUACAUUUCUGAACAUAUGACUUCACGUUUCACGAGGGACUGCAUUCUUGAGCAAAGCAAAAAUACAGCUGUUUUGCAUUCUAACUUUCGGAUGGCCAACAUAAUGCCCACGUCUUAUUAUAUUCUUUCUCUUUUUACUUCAGACAGGCAAAGUAGUUAGAAGGUGGACAUCUUAUUUUGACUACGUUGGUGUUGACGCGAGAAAACCUCUGUUUUUUGGAGAAGGUACAAAGAGAAUUUGACCAAUUCAGUGUAUUACUAUAAGCAGGGCUUGUAAAUAAUGAUCUUCAUAAUGUACUAAUUUGUUUCUCUGAUGUAAAUGAAAAGGAGGCGAUAGUCUCUACUUUCUUUUUGACAUUACAUGCUCAGUACUGUCAUAUGUUCAAUAACUGGAUUGUGUUUUAAGUGUCUUGGGUCCACAGUGGAUAGUUUUCAGAGCUCAUAAACAUCGCCGGUAAACAUCAUCGUUGUAGAAGCAGAGAGGGUUGGCCCGUGGAUCCCCCAACCCCCAUUUUUUGGGAAAAUAUAAUUUUACAGUUGUUUAAGAAGACUUUAUGUUGUGGGGAAGGAUGUCCACGAACCUCGUUACAGUAAUGGGCCGGUUGGGCCACCGACCCAUUACAGUUUUGUCAUAUUACUUUCAAAUUCUUUUCUACUGGCCUAAACAUAUUACUUUUAAGUUAGUUAAUUAUUCAGUCUUUCUGCAGCGCUUGGGAACGUUUCCAUAAUUACAUGUCAGUAACAAUGGCUGUAGUGGUGAAUUAAGUCUAUAAAUUCAGCUCAGCUUGUGCGAGUUACAAAUCAGUAGUCUGUAGAGUAUGCAAUGAAUUGAGUAGUCACGACAGACUAACCUGAUUAUCCAUUGCACUUCUAUUACUUCUAGGAACAGCACUACGGAGAGUGGACACGGUAAGAUGUUAUUUUCAUUAAGUAUUUUUUGCUCAAUAAACUAUGUUUUUAGGUAAGGUUUACUUGUCUUAUCAAUAGAUCCUUCCACGGAUUUUUCAACUUUUGACUGGGACCAGUCAGCGAAAAUCCGUCAAUACCGUUGGAAAGUUUUAGGGUGAUUUGUUAGUGACAGUGCCCCACAAUGUCGCGACAUUUUACAGACGCUUGUAUGGUGGCGGGGUGGAGGGGAAUGCAAGGUCGUGCCCCCCACCAUACAAACGUCUGUAAAAUUUCGCGACUUUCAGUUCUGGAGCAAUAUCUUCGUUCGCUUUGGACGUGUAGUAUCACCUUUAAACUUGCCAAGUUUGCUAAUGGUAAGGCGCUCUUUUAAGCUGUGUCAAUGGAUAUUUACUUACUGGUCGUUAAAAGUUGAAAAAAAAUUGUGAAAGGAUCUAUUGCGUAUAAAGAAAUCCUCAGAGGACGCCUGCUGUAGCAAUAAUCAAGUAGCUGAGAUUGAAUUCCGAAAAACCUUCAUCCACCCUAACUUGAAGCCCGAGCGUGAAGUCAACAUAGCUUUCUUGCAACUCAGUCUCUUAAAAGGUAAAUAAGAAAAAAGGGUUAUUUCCAGCUAGGCCGAGAAAACAGCCUACGUUUCGCGACGCCACCACUGGUUUCCCCGCGAAUGACGUCUAAGGAACGAGCGCAAAAUUCCAUACUGAUGACGCGUCACUACCCAGAUCUGGGUAAUGCUUCUGAUCGUUUGAAGAAAAUUUUUAGCCAAUCAGAAGCACUACUCAGAUCUGGGUAGUGACACGUCAUCAGUAUGGAAUUUCUGCGUUCGUUUUUGUCAGACGUCAUUUCGCGGGAAAACCAGUGGUGAGUGGUGGUGUAGUGAAAUGAAUAUCCAGCUCUCUUGAUGAGAAAAUGUGAUUGUUUUAAAAUAGCCAAAGUUUUGCAACCAGGAAAAACAAGUUCUUUAAAAACAUUUUUAACAGUCUAAUUUGCACUUCACUUUCUAGGAGACCGGUACUCUGAGCAUUGGUAGAUACUCAGGUGAACUAAAGGAGGGUCAAGUUUUCUCUGGAGGUGAGUCAUUGUGACACGAAAACUGAAAAGCAACACAGGUUUGGCCGUGAAACGUUGAAUUUUAGUUGUGACGAACGUGAUGCAUUUAAGCUAAACAGCAGUUUUGCUUAUUAUAGCAUUUGGUUCGUCACAUGUCAUGUUGGAAGUUUUAACAUGGUCUCGUGGUGUGACUGUUGAUCAAGUAAAUGUACAUAUACCCUAAACAGGCAUCCUAGACCUCCUAUAUUUCUUAUUUAUCCUAUAAUUUGUAUAGGAUACUGUAAAGAACCUAUAUUUCCUAUAAGUAGGACAUAAUUAUUCUGAUAUCUGUAUCCUAUAUUUCCCAUAAGUAGGACAAAUCCUGAUAUCUGCAUUUUGUACUGUGAAGCAAUUUUGUUGCGAAUUAGACUGUUCACAGUCCCCUAUUUUUUCGUGAGAUCGUUUAGGUAUACCGCGUCUUACCGUCACGGGUAUCUUGAUUUUCAAAUGUACCGAGGGGGCGGGCGUCGGGGACACUCAUGCAAGAUGGCAGCCCGUAACACAUAGCGCUCGAUCUCGACGAUCUUACGGAAAAAUAGAGGACUGUGAACAGUCUAGUUGUGAAUUAACAAAAUCAAAAUUCUUUAUCUGUAAAAAGAGCCUGCAUUUGGCAGAAAAUUCCUAUUUCCCCCUAUAUUUUGAACUUAGACAGCCUAUUUUUCCUAUCAGAUUUUUCAAAAAGUGGCUGGGAUGCCUGCCUAAAUCAUUUCAGAAUGAAGGAGGAUUUAGGGGGAGGGGGUGCUUAAUAAAAGGGGGGCUUAUUAGAGGGGGGGGAGUUAAUAAGAGAUUUACGAUGCCUAUUAUGUCAUGAGGUGCAAGAAUAUGAAGAGUUGUAAUGGAUUGUUUUGGUUGUAUCUUUUAGGCUCAUCCGAUGUGUUCUGCAAACUGUUAGGCGCUGAAGGGAAGGUAGGAAAACACUGAUUUGUGCAGAUAUUCGUUUUAAUUAUAUGGCUGAAUCUGCACGUGGGCAAGAUGAAGCGAGUCCUUUGCUAAUACGUACGUGUAAUUAGCUACCCAGGUGGGCAAGAUGGAUCUAUCUUUCACUCGUUGAUCCCACAAAAAAGUUAUUUUUUGGCCAUGUAAUGAAUCCUUCCCUAACCAAGCGUGUCUCUGUCAGCAAGGCUGAAUAUUGGCCACGUUCGUUGUUGCGUUUUUAUUGUUCUUGAUGUCGUGUCGGGCUACAAAAACUUUAAAAAAAAAGCUAAUUUUCCAGCGGUUCAGACCUCACGCUUGGUCAAUAGGUUAGCGCAUACCGUAAAGCACCGCUUAAAAACUGCGCCUCAACCAAAAAAUACCGAACCAUCUCCAACUUCUUUACUCUUGGUUGGCCAGAAAAUUUAAUAUGGUAACUGGUGUCGUGUCUUUUUUUCCUUGCAGGAUAUCAUAUACAUAGGUGACCACAUUUUUGGUGAUAUCCUGAAGUCAAAGAAAAAGCAAGGAUGGAGGUAGGAUACGUCUUACAAGUCCUCUUUUUUUCAUUUAUUAAUUUUCUGUCACGUAUAAUGCGAGUCAGAUAAAAAGGCAAACAAAGCAGAUGCGACACGGUCCCAUGUACGGCGGCGUCAGCAUAUAAAGAAAAAUAAAUUUGAUCAAUUAUCUUUCCCAUGGAGGUUGUUGUAAAACGUCUUUGAACGAUUAUGGUGCUGACUGUCUAUCUACCGCAAAUCCCCUUUUAAGCCCCCUCCCCUUCCCCCUUAUUCUUACAUGAUAGACGGUAUUAAUUAAUCUCGACUAUAACACUUCAUACGGACUGAUCCGGUAUGUUUUAUUCAUGUGCUGGAAGUUCGAUUUUGUUAUUGAUCGCCGGCUGCAUUACGACCAACUUCAUGUCCUUGCUCUUUUCCACUUUUCGUUCUAGUUCUUUAUGGGGAAUUGAUAUCAUCAUCUUCGCUAAAUUAGAUAAGCACCCUCUCUCUAUGAACCCCCCCACCCCUCCUCAGACGUGCUUGAAAUAAAUAAGCUCUCCUGGGGGACUUAACAGAGGAUUUACGGUAUCCGUUUCGGAUGCAACCCGCACUGAUUUGAUGACUUUGUCGGUCCCUCUCCCUUCUGCCAGUCAUGACAGGUAGGUGUUCCCGUUCACUAUAUCUUCGUAGUUGGUCUAGUUGUGCGCUUGUUACAGUCGAACCUUCAUUAAGUGGUUACCCAUGGGGAAAGGUCAAUUGACCGCAAGAAGAGAUUGAAACACUUAGGGGUCAAUUUGCCGUGGAAUCCAUAUUUUGCUCUUUCACGAUCUUUAUUUUGUUGAAUAACUCCUUGGUUAGUUAAACCUUUUUUAAACGGUCAACCUGCAUUACGUGGUCAGUAAGCCGUUCCCCAAGGUUGACCGCUUAAUACAGGUUUGAUUGUUCAGUACAAGUACCGAUGUAAUGUUGGAGUGAUAUUUAACUCACAUGGGCUUAAUGCCCUUGCUUUUGCCACCAAUUUACAGAACCUACUUAGUGAUUCCAGAACUGACACAAGAACUCGAGGUGUGGCAGUCCAGACAAGGUUUGUAAGCGACUCGUUUCCAAGACUUCAUUUAAAUAGGCCAUUUCCGAGUUCUAAAAACCCUCACUUUCAAAACGAGGCUAACUGCAAAGCCUUUCUUGUGAUAAUAAGUUUAAUGUGCAUUCGAAUAACAUAGACUGACUUUGAAACGGAAGUUCGGGGCAACUCGGAAGUGACCUAUUGUCAAUCGCAUUCUUUUCUUUACAUUUAUCUACCCAAGUCCUAAAAUUUAGGAUUCUCUCCUUAUACUGUAGCAGUAACCUGUUUAUCAAGCUUUCUUAGCUUCAAGAAAAAUACGCACAUAGUGACAUUCGAGGUGGUCUCUCCAAUAAGACCUGCGGUUUCUUUAGGUCUACUCACCCAUUCUUAUUUUUACUUUCUCGUUAUUUCAUUUCUUCUCUUUUUAGACGUGUUUGGAAAACUGCGAGACCUUGACGUCGCUCUAGCGGACACUUAUAAGUGAGUAUUAAUCAUAAAAACGCCAGUUUUUCUAAGACUCUGAUAGACCGAAACACUUAUUAGUUGUAUUUGACUCGCAAAUUAACCACUCUCUUCUGUUCAAAGAAAUUUAGAUUCUGCAGCUACUGAUAAACCAGAUAUCACGGAAAUAAAAAGUGCCAUUAGGGUAAGUAUGCUCAUAGGGCCUUACUAUACUAACAGUAACUCAAGCCAAAUUGCAAGUUCCAGAUAUCUUCUUAUUCCUGUGGUUAGGACAUCCUAUCGAUAUUUUGCUAUUUUUCUGUGUUCUUCUGUGCUUUCAAAAUCAAAAAUGGCGACGCCACCCAAGAAAUACUACUGAGCGCUUCGCUCACCUGCUCGAAAAAUUGGCCUGCAGCUUAGGAUAAUGUAUAACUUGUUACUUUUUUUCCAUCAGGAUGUAACAAAUAUGAUGGAGACAUGCUAUGGCAAGUUGGGAAGUCUUUUCCGUAGCGGUAAGAUUGCAUUUAUUUGUCACGAUUAAUCUUUUUUUGCUAUUAUUAGAUAUGUGUUUUUAUCAAGUAAUCAAUAAAAAACUAUUUUAUUAUUAUUAUUUUUUUUCUUUAUUUUGGCAAGUUUGGCACCAAUUACAGCAAGGAGCCCAAAAGUGUGACCGCCGUUAAUUAACUCACAUUCUUUCAUGCAGACAUUAACCAAUCAGAAGUCGAGGACAGUUUCCAGCUGGUUUCUGAUUGGAUUAAAUCUGCACGAAAGAAUGUGAAUAUAUCAAAAGCGGUCACACUUUUUGGCUCCUUGCUGUAACAAAUUAAAUUAUUAUUUACCAUUUUUCUGGAAUUCUUUCUUUAACUCUCUAUUAGAUGGACACCUUUGGUACCGGCCUUAUGCGUCCACCGCAAAGAGGUGUUAAUUUACUUUUUAUUUUAUUUUUAUUUAUUUACUUUUACUUAGAUGCAGGUGCAAACAGAUUUUGAUACCUGUGCUGGUAUUAUCCUUCUUUGCAGGCAAUAGACAGACAUUUUUUGCCAGCCAGGCUACCCGCUAUGCUGAUUUGUAUGCUGCUUCAUGUGUUAACUUGUUACACUAUCCUUUCAGUUACCUGUUUAGAGCUCCUCCGCAAUUGGUAAGUAUAGAAAACAGUUUGACAUUAAAAAGUGUGACAGUGUCGGUUCCUCUUCGUUGCAAGCAGGCAACGAUUUUUGACAUCUUUAUGACUUCAGCUUGUUAUGUUCGUUUCCUGGUUUUCUGUUUGCUUUGAUUUUGUUCAUCGGAGUUUGUUUUCAUUAUAAAUUUUCCGAAGAACUUUGGUGUCCAUUUGAUACGGAUGAUGCGGAACCAACUGAAAUCCAAAAUUAUUCUUCGGGAAGUGGAGUCGUACAGUUUGAACGCUGUGAACAUCAAGAUCAGAAUUAACAUUUUGUAUGUUGCCCUUCUCAAAUCCCUAUAUGAGUAGUGGAGUAAAGUUGUUAUUAAAGUAUGAAGUAAAUUCAUCUUGUGUGAUCAUGUCCUUAAUUCUCAUGAUCACUCUCUUUUAUGAAGCAUUGAUAUUACUAUGAGAAAUUUGAUGCGGAUCACACUUAGGGCUUAAAGGGAUAAAAGCAUGAAAAUGAAACCUUUCAAAUGCGUGACUCACCCUUUUGUCGAGUGGCAAUGAUAACGCUGGAUUUACUGUAAAAGGGGCACUUAGUUUGCCGGUCUUGUUCUUACCUUAAGAUGUAGCGUGCAGGAUACCAACAAACAAUCCGUUCGAAUUUAAGGACGUGUAUUGUAUGUUUUUUUAGAUGCCUCACGAGUCAACAGUGGAACAUACAGGUGAACUGUUUGAGCCUACAGAGAGCUCUGCAUACGGUCCCCGAGGCUUUUCCUUUACUGAGGAUGCACCCGGUGCUCUUCAUAGGUCAAAUUCUAGUGGAAGCAACUCAUCUGGCUCAGUUUUUACACGAGGAACUUGCAGGUGUGAUGAUGACGUAGAUGAUGACGAUUCUCAAGAAGUGCAAAAUUCCUUGGAGACAGUUCGUGAAGAGAAGACGACCGUUUGAUCUAAAUAAAAAACAAGAUAGCCUGAGAAAACAGCCGAUAUUUUGUAACGCCACCACUGGUUCCCCGCAAAAUGACGUCUGGGGAACGAGGGCAGAAAUUCCAUACCCAUGACGAGUUACUACCUGCAGAUCUGGAUAGUGCUUGUGAUUGCUUCAACCAAUCCGAAGCACUGCACAGAUCUGGGUAGUCACACGUCACCAGUGUGGAAUUUAUGCGCUUCUUUCUUAGAUGUCAUUGGCGGGAUAACCAGUUGUGGUUUCGCGAAAUGUCGGAUGUUUUCUUAGGCUGGAAUCAUGAUUGUGAAAAUGACGAUACAAAAUACCCGGAUUCCUGGUCCAGUUCAAUAUCACUGCCGUGGUAAUUCUUAAAGUUAUCCUGUCAACAACUUAUUUUGCGGGGUGAACUAAAGCAUCAUUAUAUAGUAGAUAUUUUUAGAUAAUUUUCAUGACGUUUACUUCAGUUAUUUGUGAAAUUUUAUCAACGGUUUCUGUUGUUUUAUGAGGGUUGUGGUUGGGUAGAAAAAUAUGUAUGUUUUUAAGUAUUGUCUUGAAGUUUCAACAAAGUAUUUAAUGGAGGCAUUAACUUUAAUUAAUUUUCUCGGUAAUUAUAUAAGAGCAUUUACAGGCACACCAAACAAGGUGGCCAUAUUAAGACAAGUUUCAUGUUUUUAUUGCUAUUUCAAAGUUUUAUUCCACUUUAAUUCGGAGCCUUUGCGCUUGGCACAUCCAAUUUUCUUAGAGCAAUAUUUUCGCUAAAUGGUAGCUACAAAAACAAAACAAAACAAAGCGCGUCCGAAAAUAGUUAAAUGAAAGAAAGAAAGGGAGGAAACGAUUAGAAGGUUUUUGUUGUUACGCAGAUUAAGAAUGUCAAAAAUCGAAUGUAAUAUUCUAAUUUUCUUAGGGAAAGUUUCUUGGUUGAUGUGAUUGUAUUAAUUUCUGUUGUCUGUAACUUUUCCCUGUCUUGUCCACCAGUGCUUUAUGUCCUGUUUGCGGUAAUUAGAUGUCUACGUAGCUGUAUUCAAGUUGACUGUUCCUACCAGUCAGUUCCAAAAAAUGAAAACGACCGACAAUGGGCCAUUUGCAUGAUGACGUCUUUUUCCGACUAAGACCACAAUUCAUUUCGUUUUUACUUUCAUAUUAAAAUUUGUUAGUCCCAGUGAGGUUUUAUUAACAAAAGCCUUAAUUUGCACAAGAAAGCAACACCCAGAAGGAUUGCGGUCGUACUUAGUAAAAUGACGCCAUCGUGCAAACGGCCUAUUUUGUCUGAGAAU